AGAAUCCUACUUUACUCCACUGGCCAACCUAAACUCUUUUAACCCUACUUGCAUUUCACUCUUACAUGCUGGAUUUUGCAACUCAAUCCAAGCCAAAGUGGGUCAAUUUUCAUUUUCAUUUGUAUUCAUUUACAAUAUUAAUGUGGUGCAUGUGUUGUUGAUGUUCUCCCUCAUAUUGUAGUAGUGGAUAUUUCACUCUUAUCAAUGGUGCUUUUUUUCGUUGAGAGAAACUCUAACAUAGCAAAGAUUGUGGGUUGUUAAUUAGGUCAGUGAUGGGUAGAUGGUGGAUUAGUAUUCAAUAUGAAUAUGUUAAAAAAAGGAAAAAGAAAGCGAAAUGCCAAUUGUUGAAGAAUGACAAGAUUAUGAGCAAAGGUCAAUUGCGAGUCCAACUCAAUUUUUCUGAACAUCAAAGGUGUUCAUCGGUGUCCCCAGACACGGAGACCGCCUAUCUCCAUUGUAGAUCUCAAUGUUCCAAAUUGCAUGUCAGCUAUCUAAGUCCAGCAUGGAGGAAGGUGACUCCGAUUGUGCAGUUUUUUUACCCCCAUAGUAGUUUAUACACAGCUGUCAGCCCCAUACAACAACUCUCAAUCUCUAUUUCUUUCUUUCUUGUCUUUUUAAUAUAUCAAUCAGCCAGAUCCUACAAGUCUUGCGUCAAUUAUUCUCUUCUGCCUCUUUUUUGUCAGCAAUCAUUAGGUGUUACAGAGCUUUCUUCUUCAUUUAUCUCUCUUUAUCUUCUAUGUUAAAGAACUUGACUUCUUGGGAAAUGCUUUGUUUGGUAGUGUGUUUUAUAGCUUAAGAGUACAAAAUCCCAGCGGAGAUUUCCAAAUUUUGUUUUAAUUUUACCAUUUUGGGUUAUGGUUGGAAAUAUAUUCUUCAAACUAAUCUAAAAUCUUUACUGGUUUUUGCAUAUAAUGUCUUAGUUUGCUUUUAUUAUUGAUUGGAAAUCAAAACCUCCCCUUUUCUGUACCAACUACCAACACCUUCGAAUCUGAAUCAUUGGCACUGCGUCUCUUUGUUUCAGUUGGGAAUGUUGCGACGGCUUUUGGUAUCAAUUAUCAUCUGAACAAUCUGGGGAUUUCAAAAGAGGGUUCCUUUUCAAUUCACCAUUCGAGAUCUCUUGUUUUUGUUUAUGAAAUCUUGAGUUUCUCCAUCUGGGUUUUCCACAAUAAUGCAAAAAUUGAAAGGAAUCAAGCUCGACAAUGGCAAAUCUUGUCCCUGGUGUGCUUCUCAAGCUUCUGCAACAUAUGAAUACAGAUGUCAAAGUUGCGGGUGAGCACAGGUCUUCUCUAUUGCAAGUUGUGAGCAUUGUACCGGCACUAGCAGGUGGUGAGCUAUUCCCAAACCAAGGCUUCUAUCUCAAGGUAUCGGACUCCUCUCAUGCCACAUAUGUAUCUCUCCCUGAUGGACAUGACGAUCUAAUUCUUAGUGAUAAGAUCCAAUUGGGUCAAUUCAUUCAUGUUGAGAGGCUUGAAUCUGCCUCACCAGUCCCGAUUCUCGGCGUUAAGCCUGUCCCUGGAAGGCAUCCUUGUGUAGGGAGCCCUGAAGAUAUUGUGGCAACUCAUUCACUUGGGUUCCUCAAUAACAAUGAGAAUGCAUGUUCAGGUUUAAAAACCACAGAGAAUGUGAAAUCACCUAAAAGAAUUGUAGUGAGUAAUAAGCAUUUGGUAGAAAGGGAGAAGGAGAAGCAUGGAUUGAGUGCAAGUAGUGCUAGGGAGGAUCACUUGGGGAAGAAAACUUUGUCUUUGAGUAGAUCACAGUCUCAGUUGUUGAAACACGAGUUGAAUUUGGUUGUGAAGAAGGAAUCCCUUGCAAAAUUGAAGACAACAACUUCAAGGUCAAUUCCUUCAUCUCCCACGAGCUUUUGCUCAAUGCCAUCUUCGUUUGAGAAAUUUACGAGUGGUGUCAAGGAGCAGGCAAAGAUUAAGGGAUCGAAUAAGGCCACAGCUAAGUUGGGAUUGGCGGAGAAGGCAAACACUGUUCGUGGGGCAAGCCCUAUGAGGAGUAAGGUACCCAUGUUGAAGAAUGUAGUUCAGGGGAUUGAGUUUGGUGUCAAGGCUCUUAGAAAGAGUUGGGAAGGGAAUCUGGAGAUAAGGCAGAGGGAGACGCCAAGACUGAGGACUGAGAAGCAUGAUCCAAAACCUGAAGCUUGGAGUACUUCUGUUGCAAGAAAAAGUACAUCAAGUGAGAGGGUGUCACCUAGAGAUGAGAAUAAGGCCCAGUUAUUGACAAAGUCGUCUAAAGAGGAUAGUAAAGUCCAGACAUCUAUGAAGAAAGUUACUGCAAAUGGAACUUUGGAUGACAAUGAAAAGCCAAACAAACAAAGAAGUGCUGCUGGAAAGAAAUCAUCAGGAGAGCUCAGUAGUAACGGUCUUCCUGGAAACUUGGUCAAGGUUUCAGUCAAUAGUAGGAGAUUGACUGAUGGAAGUGUUUCUUGGGGUUCAAUUCCCUCUUCUCUUGCAAAGAUUGGAAAGGAAGUGAUGAAGCAUAGAGAUGCUGCUCAAAUGGCUGCAAUCGAGGCUAUGCAAGAGGCUUCUGUGGCAGAGAGCUUACUUCGAUGUCUGAGCAUAUAUUCUGAGCUUAGUACCUCGGCUAAGGAAGACAACCCACAACCAGUGGUGGAGCAGUUCCUGACCCUUCACUCAAACUUGAACAAUACUCUCUUGAUUGCUGAAUCCCUGUCUAAACUAAUGCCAGUGGAAUCAUCUCCAGAUCGUGAAGAAAACCCAUCGGAAGAAGCGCUUAAGAUCAAAUCAGACAGACGAAAACAAGCAGCCUCGUGGGUACAAGCAGCAUUGAUCACUGAUCUGUCUCCCUUUUCUGUGUUUACCAGACAACCUGCUUCAACUCUGAGUCCAGCUUCAGCUCCCUCUCCAAUCCAAAAAUUUACGCCUGGCAGUCAACCUGUUUUACUCCUUGAAAAUUCUGCUAAGAAUGUGUCUAAGAAUCAAGUAAAAAACCGGCCAGCAGUCAUCUCUAAGCUUGUAGCUACAGGAGCACUGCGCAAACCAGGAGAUUCUUCGGCUGCGGUUCAAAAGCCACGGGCUCAACCUCUGCCAGAAUGGGUAAGAGGAGAUGGCCUCGACGAGGCUGUAUACUUGGCUGAAACAUUGCAAAUGGAAUCCCAGGAUUGGUUUUUGAGAUUCGUGGAGAGUUUUUUGGAUGCAGAUGUGGACACCUCAGCUUUGUCCGAUAACGGUCAAAUAGCCGGGAUGUUGACUCAGCUCAAGAGUGUAAAUGACUGGUUAGAUAAGAUUGGGACGAGCACGAACGAAGGAGAAACCCCUCAUGUUUCAACUGAAACUGUCGACAGGCUUAGGAAGAAGAUAUACGAGUAUCUUCUCACACACGUUGAGUCAGCCGCUGCUGCACUUGGUGGCGUAUCGCAAUCAUCACCAAGCAUUCGAACAGCAGAAACAAAAAUGAAAAGGUGACUUCAUUUUUUGAUUUGCAAACUUGAAAAUGAGUGUUUGCUCUGAAUAUAUAUAUAAAUGCCAGCAAACCCGUCUUACGCAGCCGUGAUCCAUGACAACUAAGGCUGUCACAGGAACAACAAACCCCUUUAAUUUAUGUACAUAGAUCCUAUAUGGGUUUGAUCCAUUAAUCAUUAUUGAUUAGUAUAUCAAAGGAAAGGAUUCAUUGUGAACUGCAAGAUCUUUUGUUUAUUGGCUUUUGUGUAUCUGAAAUUAUACAAAAUUGAAACAGUUCAUUGAGUAAGAAUCUUCAUUCUCUGCCCACAGUCCACAGGGGAAUCUGUAUCUAUCAAAUUUGUGUUGAUGAAUGAAGAUAUGGCUUUUUAAUUCUA